AUGCAUACCCCGAAACAACAACCGCAUGCGGAAGAACGCAAUAAUCGAAACGUGCGAAAAACAGUAUAUAAGCCGUUUAUGGAUGCGUAUUCAGUUGAGACCAUGUUAAAAACCAAUGAUCUGUAUCGUGGAAUCAUACGCAUCAAUAAGCGUAUCCGAAACGAUGCCUAUGUGACGUCCGAUGAGCUUGAUGCCGAUAUUUAUGUGUGUGGCUCUUACGACCGUAAUCGUGCCCUUGAAGGUGAUGUCGUAGCCGUCAAGUUACUGGACGUGGACACUGUCUGGCAGAAACGAACGGAAAGAGAACAAAAGCGCCAAGGGAAAUCCAAUGCUUCCGCCAAAAAGUCGUUGGGCAAUAAGGAAAACGGAGCCGAUAAUAACGACAAUAACUCGAUCCAAAAGCCGAAAUACUGUGGUGAAGUAGUGCUAAUACUGGAUCGCGCGGAAGGACUGUCAUUUACAGGAACUGUUUCCUUGAACAAACCGGGACCGCCAGGAAAAAACGACCGCGAUGAUCGCGCUCCAAGAAGAGCGUGGUUUAGACCAAAGGACAAUCGGGUGCCUCUCAUUGUCAUUCCCCUUCCAUGUCCGCAAUUGGAACAUAUACUCCACAAUGAGGACAAGUAUAAAAACGUCCUUUACGAGGCUCAAAUCACUCAAUGGGGUACAUCCAGUCUCCAUCCACUUGGCGUUAUUGUGCAUGAAAUUGGCAAUUGCACCGAUUUUUCGGUGAUGACCAAGGCGAUUCUAGUCGACCAUCAAGUGAUUGAUACUCCGUUCAGUCCUUUGGUCACGCAAAGUUUGCCAGUUUUGCCCUGGACCAUCCCUGGCACAGAGUAUACCAGUCGACGCGAUUUCCGCAAUGACCUUGUCUUUACCAUUGAUCCGGCCACCGCCAAAGAUCUCGACGACGCUGUUCACUGCAAACUGCUGAGUGACGGUACCUAUGAAGUAGGCGUCCAUAUUGCCGACGUAUCGUUUUUCGUCAAGCCGAAUACCAUGCUUAAUACCGAAGCUCGUAAACGAAGUACAAGCACAUACCUGGUGAAUGGGGUCGUUCCUAUGUUGCCCGCCAUUUUGUGCGAAGAACUUUGCAGCUUGAAUCCCCAUGUAGAUAGAUUGGCAUUUUCGGUGGUCUGGAUAAUGCAAGCGGACGGGGCCAUCUUAGAUACCUGGUUUGGUAAAUCGAUUAUCAAAUCCUGCGCCAAGCUCGCCUAUGAAGAUGCCCAGAGUGUGAUUGAUGGAAACGGUUUACCCUCUACCACAAACAUGGAUAAAGCUCACAUUUCGUAUGUGGAAGAUGCUAUUAUGGCCUUGUUCCGUUUGUCGCAACAAUUGCGACAAAAACGUUAUGCAAACGGCGCACUAUCCAUGGAUUCCGUAAAACUUUGCUUCACGUUGGAUGCAGAGGGACAGCCCGAAGACAUGUGGAUUUUCGAGGCGAAAGAAGCGAAUAAGCUCAUUGAAGAAUUUAUGCUUUGCGCCAAUAAAUCGGUGGCAGAAACUAUCGUGCGCCACUAUCCUGACGAGGCCCUCUUGCGUCGACAUGCACCUCCAAUUGAACGGCGUUUGAACGAAUUCAUUGAUUUGGCCAAAGAGCUGGGUUACGAUUUUGACGGUUCUUCUGCAGGCAGCUUGCAAGAAGCGUUCAACGGCAUCACCGAUGAGCAUGUCAAGCAAGUUCUUUUGGUCCUAGGUAUUCGCCCGAUGCAACGCGCAAAAUACUUUUGUGCUGGUGCGCUAGAUGUGGCCAAGUAUAAACACUACGCAUUGAACGAGCCCUUCUACACUCACUUCACUUCGCCUAUUCGACGUUACGCGGACGUGAUUGUUCACCGUCAGUUACUGGCGGCCAUCGAGGAUCAAGCUAGCACGAUGGUGUAUCUUGCGGUAUUCCUUCAUCGACUGACCUUGAAACAAGGACCCAUCAUUCGUCCUGCCGUGGUGUUGGGCGUGCAUUCCAAGGCGGUCGAAAUUUACGUACCUGAUUACGGCCUGGAAAGAAAGAUAUCCAUGGAUUCUUUGCCACUCGAACGUUUUGAGCACAAAAAUAGGACCUUGACGGUGUAUUGGCAACACGGGGUUGUAGUGGAUAUGGCGCUUGAAAAGGAGUUGUACGGAAAAACAAGAGAACGAAAAGACGACUAUGAUGAAGAAGAGGAUAUGAAUGGUAUGGAAGCAUCCAAAGACGAGCUAGACGAUGUCGGAUAUAGCCUGUCGAGUAUGCAAGUAACGGAUGAAUUCGUCAACAAUUCGCCCUGUGUGGGCCACGAGAUUGCGCCUGUGGAUGAUAGUCUAACGCAUGAACCGGAACUGGACGAAGCUACAUGCAUGCAGCGAUUCCGCAUGUUUACGAAACUGCAAGUUCUGGUCCAAGUGGACAUGGAACAAUUCCCGCCUAGCGUUCGCAUAUUCCUCAUGAAUCCAUUCGUCGAUCCAGCCUCGCUUUAUCCGCAAUCAGCAUCUUCUUAG